CUCCGCUGCCGGGUAACUCCGGGCGCCGGCAGCCGCCGCCUUACCCGUCACUCCUCCCCGCCCUGGCCGCCUCCGAGCUCCGGCGUGCUGCCGCGGCUCCCGAGCGGGUGCGGAGCGCAGGCUGGCGCAGGCGCUUUGACGCGGGAGCCGGAUUUGUCCCCGCUUGAACGCAUAUCACAAAAGUGGAAGUGGCAUAUUGUCUUUGAAGAGUGUAUAGUGCUGCAAAGCAAGAGCAGUGCGGGCAGUAUGUACACCUGAGUGCAGGUGUGUUCCUGGUUUAAGAUUGUAUUCAUCUGCAGUGUCUUUAUUAAAAAACAAACCAACAAAAAGUGCUCUGUUUUGGGAAAUGUGCUGUGAUUUAAAAAGGAGGUUUUUGCUCCUCUAUGCAACACAAAAGGGGCAGGCAAAAGCCAUAGCUGAGGAAAUAUGGCAGCAAGCAGGCGCCCAUGGAUUUGAAGCUGAGAUGCACUGUAUAAGUGAAAUGGACAAGUACAACCUGGAAACAGAAAAGGAUCCUGUCGUUAUUGUUAUUUCUACUACUGGUACUGGAGACCCACCAGACACUGCCCGCAAGUUUGUAAAGAGAAUUCAAGACACGACCUUGCCACCUGAUCAUUUUGCACAUCUCCAGUAUGGAUUGUUAGCUGACUGGAUGCGUAUAUGCAUAUAUGAAGGUCUGGGAGAUUCAGAGUACACUUUCUUUUGUAAUGGUGGAAAGACAGUGGACCGGAGACUUCAAGAACUUGGUGCCCAGCACUUCUAUGACACAGGAUUAGCAGAUGAUUGUGUAGGUUUGGAGUUAGUGGUUGAUCCUUGGAUUGAUGGACUUUGGCUUGCUCUCAGCGAAGCAUUUAUAUUGCAGAAGGAAAAAGAAAGCAUGAGCUGCAAUGCCGACACUGUUUCUAGCUCUCUCUCUGCAGCCCCGCCCAAUAUGGACCAACUAAACUUAAGCACAGAAGUACGGAACUUGAAGCUAGAAGAUGAGGGAGUGAAGAGUUCUGAUGUUCUGUCACAUAAAUUGGUUGACAUCCAUCUUGCGGCUUCAACUAGAGACACUGAACCUUCACUUGUUCAUUCUGUCCCUCCUGUCUCCCAGUCCGCUCUUAAUAUUCCUGCCUUGCCUCCAGACUAUAUAGAGGUGGAGUUCCAGGACACCCAUGGUGAGAACCCACAUCUGUCCUCACUGAUUUCAGAGGGAACAGCUUUUGAAGUUCCAGUUACCAGAGCAGUUCAGCUCACUAGAGAAGACGCGAUAAAAACUGCAUUGCUCUUAGAACUUGAUAUUGCCGAUACAGUGUUCGACUACCAACCUGGAGAUGCCUUCUGUGUAAUAUGUCCCAACAAUGUCAGUGAGGUGGAAGAACUUCUUCAAAUCUUGGGACUUUCUGAAAAAGGAGAUUACUUCAUUUGUGUAAAGGUUAAGCAGGGCACUAAAAAGAAAGGAGCAGCUAUUCCACAACACAUCCCUGCAAGAAGCACCGUGAAGUUCAUUCUAACCUGGUGUCUGGAAAUAAGAGCAAUUCCUAAAAAGGCAUUUCUGCGAGCUCUUGUAGAAUGUACCAGUGAUGUGGGAGAAAAACGGAGACUUCAAGAGCUUUGCAGCAGACAAGGAGCCUCUGAUUAUACACGCUUUAUUAGAGAGUCUAAUGUUUGCUUGCUGGAUUUACUUCAUGCUUUUCCAAGCUGCAAGCCUUCACUUAACCUGUUAAUUGAACAUCUUCCUAAACUACAAGCCAGAUCCUAUUCAGUGUCAAGUUCAAACUUGUAUCAGCCAGGAAGACUGUGUUUUUUGUUCAAUAUUGUGGAGUUCCCCACCUGUCCUGCUAGACCAGUCUCACGGAAAGGAGUGUGUACAGGCUGGCUUGCUGAGUUAGUUGCACCUCUACUGCACCCCAGUAAAAACAUUCUGGAUGCAAAAGGAGGGAGCCCUUCAACUGAAAAGAUAUCUAUUUUUGCGCGUCCAAACAAUACUUUUCACUUACCUGCAGACCCAUCUGUCCCGUUCAUGAUGGUUGGUCCAGGAACAGGAAUUUCACCAUUUAUUGGUUUCCUACAACAUAGGCAAAAGCUCAGAGAGGAACACACAGACUGGGAAUUUGGAGAGACAUGGCUGUUUUUUGGUUGUCGGCAUCAAGAUCGAGACUAUUUGUUCAAAGAUGAGCUCAGGUGUUUUCUUGAAAAUGGCACAUUAACUCAUCUUAAGGUCUGUUUCUCAAGAGACUCUUCAACUGCAGAAGUAGCUUCGCCUAAAUAUGUACAAGAAGUUGUCAGGCUUUAUGCUAAGGAAGUUGCCAGAGUCCUGCUGCAAGAAAGAGGUUACUUCUAUGUAUGUGGAGAUAAGAAGCACAUGGCUGAUGGUGUAAGUGAUGCUGUAGUGGACAUUUUAAGCAUAGAAAUGAAAGUUGACAAAUUGGAAGCAAUGAAAACCUUGGCCAUGCUUCGAGAAGCGAAACGAUAUUUGCAGGAUGUUUGGAGCUAAAUAUUUGUAACACGAAUGAUUUUGUUUCACACUCAUGCUUUUGAUGAAAAGUUAUUGUCAAAAUGCUAUCUGUAGUCACACAAAUCUGAACUUUUUCUAUUGACCUUUCAAACAGGAAUAUGAAACCUUUUAAACGACAAGCCAGGCUGCCUUUUGAAGCAUAUUUUUUUAAUGAUGUUACAUCAUGGACUGUCUCAGUGCCUUGAUUCUUUCAUUUUAAGUUUGGGUUCACAUAGAAAGUAAAAACUUCUGCACUUGUACAAGUGUAAUUAUAUGUUUAUUCUAGGUCAUGUAUUUUUUCCUAUAAUGUACACAUAAAUAAGCUACAGAGUAAAUACGAUGUUGCAUACUAAUCUGUGCAACAUCAAAUACAUUACUGACUUGCCAAGAUUUAUUUGAAUGUGUAUUGGGUUUGUGUGGCAAGGUUUUGGUAAUGGGGAGCUACAGGGGUAGCUUUUGUGAGAAGCUGCCAGAAGCUUCCCCCAUGUCCAACAGAGCCAAUGCCAGCUGGCCUCAAGAUGGACCCACCGCUGGCCAAGUCCCCGCCCCUCUGUGAUGGUAGCAUCACCAGUUAGCAUCCCUGGGAUAACAUAAUUAAGAAGGCUAUAAAAUGUGUACAUCUUCGACCAGAGGAAGGAGUGAGAAUAUAUGAGAGAAACAAUUCUGGAGACACCAAGGCCAGUCAAGAAGGAGGGCAGGAGGUGCUCCAGGUGCCAAGCAGAGAUCCCCCUGCAGCCCGUGGUGCAGCCCAUGGUGAGGCCAGAUGUCCCCCUGCAGCCCAUGGAGGUUCACGGUGUAGCUGAGAUCCACCUGCAGCCCAUGGAGGACCCCACUCCACAGCGGGGGAUGCCCAAAGGAGGCUGUGACCCUGUGGGAAGUCCACACUGGAACAGGCUUCUGGCAGGACCUGUGGGCCUCAUGGAGAGAGGAACCCACAUUGAAACAGGUUUGCUAGCAGGACUUGUGACCCCAUUGGGGACCCACACUGGAGCAGCCUGUUCCUGAAGGGCUGCACCCCAUGGAGGGGACACACAUUAGAGCAGUUCAUGAAGAACUGCAGCUCAUGGGAAGGACUCAUGUUGGAGAAGUUUGUGAAGAACUGUCUUCCACGGGAGGGACCCCACACCGGAAUGGGGGGAAGAGUGUGAGGAGUCCUCCCCUGAGGAGGAGAGAGCCGCAGAGACAGUGUGUGGUGAACUGACCACAAACCCCAUUUCCAUCCCCCCUGCAGCACUUGUGGGGAGGAGGUAGAGAAUUCAGGAGUGAAUUUGAGCCUAGAAAGAAUGGAGGGCUGGGGGGAAGAUAUUAAGAUGUUGUUUUAUCCCCUAUUACCCUACUCUGAUUUGAUUUGUAAUAAAACAAAUUUAUUUCCCCAA